GAGACCGAGGCUGCCAGCUAUUUUAAGUUCGGCUUUCGGAAUUAUUGAUGCACUUUUGUUCCCUCGUAUAUUUCAAGGGCGGGCCGUGGUAAUCCGUGUGCUCACAGGCACUGCGAUAUCACCUGCAAGCCUGACAGAUUAUUGCCUUCUCUGCUAUACUCAUUUAUGUGAUACAACAGAGCGGAAAGAGAAAGGGCAAGGGAGAAAGGGGAGACGAGUAAGGAAAGAGAACACGGUAGCGAGGAAGCGUGAAGCACAGGUGCCACAAAGGCAGCAGGGACGUUGUGCCUCCACAUUGCCACGUCAUGCCGGCGGCCCAGCGGCACCUUCACCUGGGAACUCGUGUGCUGUUUGGGUACUCGGGAGGGCCAUGAAGGGGAGAGCGGAAAGGGAGUUUAUUGUUUCAUUAUUAUUCCUUUUUCCCAGGAGGCGAGUGCCGUGCCGCCCGCGCACGUCUUAAUGGCGAAGCCCUGCGGAGCAAGCGGGGGAAAGCCCAGCUGGACUCGCAGCAGAAACACAUCGGGCCCUUAACUGUCCUACCUGAUCUCGCUAGGAAUUAUGCCUCUUUUAUAGGCCGAGCAUAGCGAGGCUCGGGCUCUGGUGGAGUGCUUUCUCUUCUUGUUUAUGGCUGGAGUCGCCUUCUUUCAUCUGGUUUUUAUGCUUAUUAUUUUCCCUUUUACUUGUUUGCUGUGAUGGCUUCUCCUUCGUGAGGUUCAGACGUUCGACUCGGUUCUUGCUGUGGCGUUGUAACUGCGAGUGCCUUGAUACUCGAACCAAGCCAGAACAGCGCGGACAACUGGACAAGAUGAAAACGUGAUGCGCCGCUGGGCGAAGGCGCUUGUCAUAUCCGGCGCGGCCAUUGCGAAGGCAGGUUGCAUGGCGCCUGGAUGGAACGGUCGGCGGUCAGUCGAGCGCUUUGCUUCUAAACUUUUGAGUUGGCGUCGUGUCGCCCAUCCCGGCGCGCUGCGUCUGCCGGCGCCUUCCGCUCCCAUGCCUUCUUGUCAGUGCAAAUCGUGUCCGCGGCGCUCGCCUGCACUCCCGGCACGCUGGCCCUUCUCGUGCCAUUUUGCCGGCCGCGCGUUGGAGGAUCGCGAUUAUGGCAUCCUAGGCCGGGAAAUGUCCGAUGGCACUUUGGUGGGUUCCUCUGACGCCCGCUUUGGAAUACGCGCUGGUGUGCUCAGAAAUAAAGAAAUGGCAGAUGACCGUAUAUCAGCGGAAAUCCUGUGGGAACGUUAGUUGUGCGAUGAUAUGUGGUCUUGCAGUUCGUCUGUCAGUUUCGUAGAAUGAAAGGGUCAGGACACAUUUGCAUGUUAUAUUCAGCUGUAAAGAUUUAAGAGGCAGCCAUAUUCUUCAAAGUUGCUGCGUGAUUGGAAAAGGAAGGUGUUCCUGUUGCUUCUAACGAUCACGGGGACAAGUGAGGAGGCACAGGAGAGUGACGAGUACAGUAUAUAUAUAAAGUGAACAUAUUCGAGCAUCUGCAGAACUUGCUUUAGCGGAUGACAAUAGCUUGCAUAAAGUCUAGAAAUAAAACGGAAACGGCAAAGAAAGUCGAUGGUAACUAUCCUCGAGGAUUUUCGCUGAAAAAUUAGAACACCCAUAACGUCGUGUCCCGAGCGCUCCUUGCAUCCCGCGUCGGUGAAGGUACAUGAAGAUUUUUUGUGGGUGCUUGUGCGUGCGCAUGGGGGAGUGUCCUUUAGUGUUGUGUGAUUGGUGGGGAGAAGAGAGUGGAGGAAGAGAAGACUGAAGAAAAGAGUGAUAUUGAAAGAAGAAAGAAAAGAAGGAAG